AUGCGCGCGGGCGCCACUACCAUGGCGCUCGUCCAGGACCUGCCGGUGGGGGCGUCCCUGAGGGUCGUCUCGGACGCCCCUCGAGACCUGCCCGCUACUCAUGGUAGGCCGGCGGCUCGAUCUGGCUUUCACGCCAGGCAUCCCGCUCCCGAGGCGCCGAAGGCAUCCCGAUCCGUUUCGGUGGAGGCGUGGCGAUCACAGGGCGUGUGGGCCGCGACCACCGCCCCGACUGUCGAAGAGGCCCCUCCUCCACCUCCUACCGAAGCGCCAAAAGUGAACGUUGACAAUGAGUCAGUCUUGGAGGUGACAGACAACGUCUUUUGUGUGAGGGGAACAUGCACCGAAAGGCUGAAGUUCGAAGUUCAGUAUGGUCUCAAGCGGGGAACUGCUGACAACAGCUACCUCAUCAAGGGAAACUCAAAGGAGACAACAGUCUUGAUCGACGUACCCUACCAAGAUUUUGCCGACAAAUAUAUGACAACCCUGAACAGAGCCAUCAACCUUGGAUCCAUCGGCAAGAUCGUAAUGACAACAAUGCACCCAAAGUGCAUCCCCACCCUGAGGAGGGUGCUGGAAGGCUGUACCAAAUCCCAGAGAGAGCCUCGCCUGCAGGUGCACAUGUCCAAGCCGGCCAUUGCUCUCUUACAGGAGACCUUGGGUGAAGAUGAAAAGGGCACUGCGCUUUUGGAGUCAGUCAUCUUUGUUGUUGCUAGCCCAACUGCGCCCAUAAAGCUGGACGACGGCCAAGAGCUGGAAUUCAUUCGGACCGGAACGUCCAGAUGGCCAGACAUGGUCUGUGUAUACUACCGAGCUGCUGGCAUUCUCUUUACAUCAAAGUUGGUUUCUGCCCAUGUGGCCCCCACAUUGGUGGAUGUUUACAAGGAAACCCCAUUUGACAUUGGUGGCUGGUCUGUUUAUGGGGGUGACUGGAAGUAUUAUUACGACUGCAUGCUGGCACCGGUGGCCACGCAAGUGGCAGCCACCUUUGACAAAUUGGACUUGGUUGCUACACGAGCAGCCCCCCGGGCUGGGCUCUCAAGGGCCUUGAAGUCGUUCGGAUCCAUUCUGCUGUUCUUUGGGGGCUAUGGUAAACGAGCCCCCAGCACCACAGCGGCUGUAACAGCCACUGGUCCUGGCAGACAGGUUUCAAUCCUGUGUCCUCGACAUGGGCCACUUGUCCGUGUUGCCCUGCAGGAGCUCCUGAGGAAGUAUGAGGAGUGGACCUUGGCACAAACGAUGGCCACGUACAGUGUUCUUGUGAUGUAUGCAAGUGCCUAUGGCAACACUGCAGCUCUGGCGCAGGCCAUCAGCAGGGGUAUCACAAAAGCUGGUGUUGGAGUUCAGACGCUGAACCUGGAGGUCGCCGAACCGCAGGAGAUCAGUGACGCGAUCUCCAAGACCAAUGGCUUUGUGAUGGGGAGCCCAACGCUAGGUGGCCACAUGCCAACACAGGUGCAGUCAGCGCUUGGCACCGUGUUGCGAGAGUCCAGGGCCAGGCAGCUUCCCUGCGGUGUCUUUGGGAGCUUUGGCUGGAGCGGCGAGGCUGUGGAUGAAAUUGAACAAAAAUUGAUGGAUGCUGGAUUCUCGUUUGCAUUCGACUCCAUCCGUGUGAAAUUCAAGCCGACCAUGAAAGAUCUGCAGAUUUGUGAGGAAAGUGGAACUGACCUGGCACAAGCCCUGCAGAAGAAGUUGAAGGGAAAAGCGCGGAGCGCCGCAGUGUCUUUCAAGUCAAGAGGUGCCUCCGGAGCAGCACAAGCCCUGGCAAGGGUGGUGGGGUCUCUGUGUGUGCUGACGGCAAAGGAACAGAAUGCUCAGAGCGCCAUGCUGGCGAGCUGGAUAUCACAGGGUAGUUUCGACCCGCCCGGGAUAACUGUUGCUGCAAAGAAAGAUCGUGCCCUGGAGAAUUUCCUCACCAAUGGCAACAGAUUCGUUGUAAACAUUCUGGCAGAGGGGAAGGAAAAGGGGCCCAUGAAGCAAAUGCUGAAGCCCUUCAAGCCUGGUCAGGAUCGAUUUGAAGGGAUGGAAACAAAGGAAAGCGAAAAGACAGGCUGCGUAAUUCUGCCAGACGCGGCUGCAUACCUGGAGUGUACGGUGGCGCAACGCAUGGAAGCCGGCGACCAUUGGAUUGUUUACGCCACAGUGGACGGUGGGAAGGUGCAGGACGACAAGGCACUGAGCGCUGUACAUCACAGAAAGACUGCCACGAACUACUGA